AACCCUAUUCUUCCCUACGCCGCGGCGGGUCCGGUCCCGGCGUCCGGCCACCUACCGUCCCCGGCUUGGGCGUCCCUUGCCCGCUCCGGCCUGCUCCUCCGGUCCAGCGGAGCGCGCCACCGCUCCGAUCCCAGAGGGCAACCGGCCGUUCGUUCCUUCCCCAGUUCUCCGGUUUCUCCUCCGCCGCGCCUGGCGCCUGCCGAGCGUCAAACCAAAAGUUCAAAACUCCUUCACAUGUAUGCCCAGGUGAUUGUACAAGGGCCACACGGAUGCAAAAUGGUUUGGUGUCAGGGCUUAUCUGCUGGAAAUGCUCAGCUUCUUGCUUUUCCUGGUAGAUCAUCAAGUCUAAGGAGCACCCAGUUUCAUGUUAAGAGGAAUACUUUUUCUGCGGGGGCUCUACGAGGCUCCGUUCGUCAUGGCAUGACUACAUCAUUGCCAAAGGAAAAUUCUGUCAAGGGCAUUCCAUCACUAUCAAUAAGGCACAAUCAGCAUCCAAGGUCCGUUAGCUGUCAAGCAUCCUCAUUGGCAUCAUUCAGUUACCCGGAGCUGACUUUGAAACCCAGAUGGUGGUGGAGAACACUUGCUUGUGUGCCAUACUUGCUGCCACUCCACAACAUGUGGUCUUACGCCGACGUGAUCUACCAGCUGCACACUUACUUGCAGGGGUUUUCACUGCUGUACACGUUCAUUGAUACCAUGACACUGUGUCCUGGGUGGCUCUUCUUGGUGAUAUUUAUGACGGUGUACUUCUUCGUUGUGAGGCGGAAGUGGUCACCACACUUUUUGAGGUUCCAUGUGAUCCUGGCCAUCCUCUUGGACACUGGCUCCCAAGCAGUGGCCACCAUGUGUACCUGGAUGCCAAGCAUGGUGUAUCAGGGGAAACCGAUGCAGUACUUCUGGAUGUCUAUCGCCUUCAUACAGAUCUUCACAGUGCUCGAGUGUAUGCGGUGUGCUCUUUGUGGAAUGUACCCAAAUGUCCCGUUCAUAUCACACACGGCGUUCAUUCACUCUGAUCUGAACCUGUUCAGAUAGGUGCUUAUACUAUAUAAAAUCCAGGAUGUUAUUUGAAAUAGCCACUUGCAGUUCUAGCGACAAUGUUUUUUUUUCAUAUUGAAGGAUCUUGUGUACUUAUUAUAUGACUAGCUGGUACAAUAGAAUUCGAACGGCACUGGAAUUGGUUUCCUUUUCUCAGAUGCUAAGGUGUUUCUAUGUUUGGUUACCUCUA